GGGGAGCCGUGGAGCAAGAGGAGCUCUUUGUGGUCCGGGCAGGCGGUUACGCAAGGGGCAGUAAAGCAGUGCCUUUCCCCCCCGUGUGCUGGAUCUUGCAGCCAUGUCUCUGGUCCCUGGUUUAUAGUGCCUGUGUGACUGCGAUGCUGAAAUUCCAGGUUGUGGAGGAACACGGGCAGUACAUGUGCUGUGUGACACAACCCAUCGCCGUGGGCCUCGCGGCCUGUGUGUGUGUCUGCACUGCGUGGGUUCCAAGGCAGCAGCCCUCCCUGGAGCAAGGAGCCCUGAGCAGCACAGCAUGGGCAGCCCAGCCUCCUAUCAUGGACUGCUAUCUGUCCUGUAUAGCAGGAGCAAAGAGAGGCCUCGAGAUCUCCAAGAUCCAUGCUAUAAUGGAAAUACACCAGCAGCACUACACAGUGAAGGCCAAGUUUCAAGUCGGUCUCCUUUGUACCGAUGCCUCCCGGCUCCACUCUUACCUGGUUUACGUGGUCUGCUACCUUUACGACAUUUCUCCCUCUGCUGGGGUUGGUAAAACAGCAGCGCUCCCCGCCGUCAGACCUGUAAGGCAGGCGGUCACAGAGCGGCACAGCGGGGCAGGCAGCAGCUCCUGCACCCCAUGCCGCUCCGCCGCUGUUCCUUCGGCGGAGGGCAUUCCUAACGCCUUGCGGAAUCGGUGCCUCCGCUGUUUAUGGCCGCACGGAGCCUCUCUGCCCUCUCUUCUCCCGCCGGGCGCUGAGCGGAGCUCGGGAGGAGCGGUUCCACGGCCGAGGCGGGGCGCGCUGUGCGCCGGGUCCCCGCGGCUCCGUCCGGCCUUCUUCCCCCCCCCCCCCCCACGUUCGCUCCCCGGGGACAGCGCUCGGCUGGCAGCCCCCGCUGCCCCCCCGCCCCCAAGCAAAGCACACGCAGCUCCCGGCUGGCCUGCAGAAAAGUUUUUUCUUUAUUAUUUACAAGAGAGCCGCGGGAGCUCCCGCUGUUCGUCCACACGCGCGGUACUAAAAGCGGCCGCCGCCUCCUGCCAAAAACGCGGAGAGGCGACCGAGGAAUAAAUAAAGCGCUCGCCCGCGGCCCCGCCGGGCUCAGGCGAUCCGGCUGCAGAACUCGAGGAAGUCCCUCUCCAUGAAGAGCUCGCUCUCCAGCACAUCGUCCUCGGAAGGGAAGUACUGCUGGCUGUCCUCCUGCGCCAGGAGAGGAGCGGCCGGGGGGGGCUCGGCCGGGCGGGGCGGCGCGUCCUCGGCGGGGCCCGUGAGCGCCCCGCGGGCGUUCUCCAGCACCCCCAGGUACGAGUCCAUGUCCAGCGGGUCCAUCUCGCAGUCCGACCCGCCGCUCUCGGUGCCCACCGAGUCCGAGCGCAGGUGCAUCAGCUGGUACUUCUCCCGCAUCAGGAACUGGUUGGUGUUGCGGGGCGCCCGCAUGCCCGGCGCCCGCCGGCCCAGCAAGUUGACGGGCCGCAGGGAGAGCAGCACCCGCGGCCGGUACGGACGGUGGCAGCGGCGGACGGCGCGGCAGCGCUGCUGCAGCUGCAAGGAGUGCUGCAGGUGGCUGUGCGUGCGGCUGCCCAGCAGCUUCCGCCACACGCCGGGCUGCCCGCCCCGCCGCCCGGGGGGCCACCGCGAGCGGCUGCCGCCCCGCCGCGCCUCGCCCUUCAGCGGCGCACAGCCGCCGCCCGGCAGCCCCUCUCCGCGGGCGGGCGCCCAGCGGGGCCGCCGCGCUCCGCUCCAGGCCGCCGGCUCCGCGCGUCGCAGCAUCGCGGCCGCGCUCUCACAUACUCCCGUCCGCCGCCGGGACGGUCCGGGUCCGACGCCGACUCCGACGCCGCCCCUCCGCGUGGCUCCGCUCAGCCCCGGGCUCGGCUGCCGCUCCCCGGAGCCGUGCCGCCGCUCCGCGCUGCAGCUCCGUGCCGCUGCUCCGUGCCGCCUCCCCGCCGGCGGGGCCUCGCCGGGCGCCUCUACCUCUUCACGAUCCGCUC